ACACAAUCGGAGAUUCACCCAGUUAAUGAGUUCUGGAAUCGGACUUUAUUUAUUGUUGUGCCACCUGGUACUGACAGGGCGGCCCGACAGUCCACUUCAUUCAAUGUGAUCUUGUGCCGGCGGCGGCCGUAGUUUGCGGCCUCCCCCCGCCAUCCCCCGGGCCAUGUCCCGGGCCCCCUGCUCUGUUCUCAGCCCUCGCCUGGACCUCUAUAAUUUCCAGAGCCCGGAGGCCGAGCUGCGCAGCCGCUAUGUGCUCACCAGCCCGCGCUCGCUCCAGGCGUGCGCGCGCCGCCACGUGCAGCCCGUCCAGCUCCUGCCGCGCUCCCUCCGCGAGCUGGCGCGCGAGACCCCGCUCGAGCCGCUCCGCCACCUGCACCGCCGGUACCAGGAGCUCGAGAGGGAGCGCCGCAGGAGGCUCCGAGAGUGCAGAGAAGAGAGACAGCGCAUCAUAGAGGAAGAAAAGGCCAGAAGAACACCCAUACCGACUUUUGUGAAAUUUUCUGCUCCGCAAUCUACAAAUGAAUCUGGUUUUCCCAACAGUCAUGUUCUGGAUACUGUCCAUGAAGACCAAAGCUCUUCAAGAGCUCCUCUAUCAGAUGGCAAGAACAUGUCGUCAUCUUUGGGGGCCAUUUCAGAAGAAAGUAAAAGGCCAAUGGACACGUCUGGACAGCAGAAGACGAAGAAUUCACAGGACACCAGCCUGAGUGGAUAUUUUCGGAAGAACACCAGUCUCGGUGAUCUAAGGCAGUCCCCUGCCACAGCAAAGAAACUGGACAAACUCGUUAGUGAGAUCCGAAGAGAAACCAAUGUGAUCAUUCCUGAACGUGAUCGGAAGAUUGCAGCAUUAAUGCUGGUUAAACAUCAGGAAGAACAGGAGAGGUUGGAACAGUGUCUCAGAGCCCAGCAGUUCUGGGAUAAACUGAAGAGGACAGAAAGAUUAGCACAAGUGGAGCAAGAGACGGAAAGACAAAAAGGCUUGAUCAAGAGUAUUGGCAGGUGA